UGUUGAGAGGCAAGUUUUAUUGACGUAUGUUUUAAAAGUAAAAAAAUUAGUGUACAAAAGAAUUAUUUGUAGAAAUAUUGUGAUGAUUAUGUGUAAAAAUUCAGUGAAAUUACGUUUAUGAACUAAAUAUCAAAAUGAGUUGGGGCAAUGAGCUUUGGGAUCAGUUUGAUAACUUGGCUGUACAUACACAAAAGGGUAUUGACUUUUUGGAAAAAUAUGGACAUUUUAUUAGAGAUCGGUGUCACAUCGAGAAAGAAUAUGCAGCAAAACUUAGGCGACUUGUUAAAAGUUAUCAACCGAAGAAAAAAGACGAAGACGAAUACCAGUAUAGCUCAUGUAAAGCAUUCAAACUUGUGAUGAAUGAAAUAAACGAUUUAGCUGGUCAACACGAAGUUAUUGCCGAGAAUUUACAGUCAAAUGUUAUAGAAGAAUUAACAAUAUUAGUCAAAGAUAUUCGAGAAGAUCGAAAGAAACAUUUAAACGAAGGAGCGAAACUAACAAAUUUAUUAUUAAAUCAAAUACAAUCGUUAGAACGAUCGAAAAAAGCAUACGAAAAAGCAUUUAAAGAAUCAGAAAAAGCAUUUGAGAAUUACCAUAAGGCUGAUGCGGAUUUAAAUUUAUCAAGAGCUGAGAUCGAAAAAUAUAAAACAAAUAUGUCAAUAAAAUCACAAAUGUGCGAGGAUGCAAAAAAUGAAUACGCAAAUCAAUUACAAAAAACCAACGAAAUGCAAAAAUUACAUUAUCAAUGUAAUUUGCCAUCUGUAUUAGGGCAAUUACAAGAAUUAGAUGAAAAACGAAUAAAAAAUAUUAGAAAUUUUAUAAAUAGUUCAGCGGAUAUUGAACGAAAUGUACGUCCAAUUAUUGAACAAUGUAUUGACGGUAUUACGAGAGCUGCGGAACAUAUAGACGAAAAAGAAGAUACUCAAUUAGUUAUAGAUAGGUAUAAGUCAGGUUUUCAACCGCCAGAAGAUUUUCCAUUUGAAGAUCUUUCAAGGACGGGAGGUGUUAGUUCAGAAACAAUGGGUAGUGGUAUUUUACCAUCAAUGCCAUCCGGACCAACGACUAUGUUACGUGAUGUUGGUCUUACUGUUAGGGGAUUAUCAACAUUAUCGGGAAAUAAAAAUAAGAAACGUGUAGGAAUAUUCGGAAUUUUUGGAAGCAAUAAGAACUCGUCGGGUAUCGAUGGAAAGGAUGACUACAGCGAAUUACCACCCAAUCAAAGGCGUAAAAAGUUAACACAAAAAAUAGAAGAAUUAGAAAAAUUAAUUGCACAAAAAACAGCUGCCAGGGAUGGUUUAAUGAAAAUGAAAGGUGUUUUUGAAGGAAAUCCACGGUUAGGUGAUCCUAUGACAGUUGAGAGUGAAUUAAAUGAAUCAGGGCAUAAGUUAGAAAAAUAUCGUGAAGAAUUACAAAGAUAUCAAGGAUACUUAGCGGACUUAAACGAAGCAUUAAAAACAAAUAAUGGUAGUUUACAAGGUUCACCGCACGGUGCUAGAUCACAUGGUAGUAAUGGACAGUUAAAAGUUACCGGAUUAACAAACGGUUCGACAAAAUCUAAUCGUAAUUCUGGUGGUAGUGGUAAUGAUGAAGAUUCACUCUCACGGUCUGCUAGUGAUAGCAGUGUUACGAACCCUACCGUCAACCAUAAUAAAACACACUUAACAGAAGGUUGUUCCAACAGUCCAGAGAGCGGACUUGGCACGUCUCAUACAUCUUUACCAAACAUAGACUCGGAUCAAGAUCAAAAUGAUGGUGUUGAAGAAGGUGAAUAUUGUGAUGUUGAACAAUUACCACCACUUGGAACGUGCCGAGCAUUGUAUCCGUUUGAUGCUACAAGUGAUGGAAGUAUACCAAUGGCAGAAAAUGAAGAACUAUACGUAAUAGAGUUGGAUCAAGGUGAUGGUUGGACAAGGGUACGACGAGGUAGUCCGUUACAUGAAGAAGGCUUUGUACCAACAUCAUACAUAGAAACAACUAUUUUUCAAACUUAAAAAAAUUUUUCGACAAAAACUGUAUAUAAAAUGAAACGGUAUUCACACAAUUAACAAACAUUUGAAAAUAAUCUCAUUUUUAAAAAUACGUAUAAAUAUUAUAUCAUCUUAAGUCAAAACAAAUAAUGUGUAGCCAUAAAGAAUAAUGUUUGAACACAGAAGCAUGUAUUCAUAUUAGCGAUAAUCGAAUAAAAUCCGAUCCUCUUUUCUUACGAAAUUACUCUUAAAUAUUUUAUAAAAUUUAAUAUUUAUUUUUAUUUACCCGUAAAAAGGAAUUGUAUAAAUUUGAAGCUAAUUUACACAAAACCCAGUAUAGUUUUUUAA